UUCACUGUCUCGUUUCAUCAUUUCUCGUGACUUGUAAUACAUUGUCUCUCUCAGAUCUGCUCUUCUUCUGCCUUUUGUGAUUUCUUUUUCUUAAAUUUGAUAUUUCUGCCGAAUAUUGCGUUGUUCUUGAGUUUCUUCUUGUCUUCUAUUGUCAUGGAUGUUGCUCAUUAUUUUUGGAGAAUGUGCAGAUCGAUUGGAUCGGAUUUGACUUUUCCUUCUGGUAUUAGCGUCGUUUUGAUCACAGAGGAAGAUUAGAGCUCUAGAACAUGGUUCUUGACAACAUUCUAGCUUCUCCUCGCAGGAGGACCCCAACAUUUAGGAAGCAUUUUCCUGCAAAUGAGUUGGGAAGUUGGUCAACUCUCUUCAAUCGACAUCGCUUCCUCUUAACCGCACUGGCACUCUUGACUUGCCUUUGCACAAUCUACCUUUAUUUUGCAAUCACAUUAGGGGCUACUGCAUCGUCUUGUUCGGGUUUGACUGGAGCUCAAAAAGAAUUGUGUCAUCUGGAGCAUGCCAAGGCUUCUCUGGCUAAAGGAAAAUUGAAAUUUCUAUGAUACGUAGGGACCUUGAGGUACAAAGCUUCUCAUUUAUUGGUUCUUCUUCUCUUUGGUGGGAUCUGUAUUUAUAAGAAAUGAAGAUCAUUGUAGGUCAAAAGUUCAUUCAUCCAUUUUGAUUCAUACAUGUAACUGAUAAAAUGUAGCAGAAUGUCAUUAACAUUGCUUCCUUGCAUUAAUUUGUUCCUUUUUCCUUGCUUGUUUCUAUGUUAUGAUGGAUUUAUAUGAAAACUUCAAGCAGAAUGAAUGUUCAUAUUGCUGUUUUGACAUUAA